ACGGUUUGGUGAGCCCGUUAGUGCCCCUGCCAAGACUCACGCAGCUGACAUGUCCCGCUACUUGCGUCCCCCCAACACGUCUCUGUUCGUAAGGAACGUGGCCGACGAUACCAGGUCUGAAGAUUUACGACGUGAAUUUGGUCGUUAUGGUCCUAUAGUCGAGGUGUAUGUUCCACUUGAUUUCUACACUCGCCGUCCAAGAGGAUUUGCUUAUGUUCAAUUUGAAGAUGUUCGUGAUGCGGAAGAUGCUUUACAUAAUUUGGACAGAAAAUGGAUUUGUGGUCGCCCAAUUGAAAUACAGUUUGCACAGGGGGAUCGGAAAACUCCAAAUCAGAUGAAAGCCAAGGAGGGGAGAAAUGUGUCCAGUUCUUCACGCUAUGAUGAUUCUGACAGAUACAGACGUUCUAGAAGCCGAAGUUAUGAAAGGAGAUCAAGAAGUCGCUCCUUUGAUUACAACUAUAGAAGAUCUUAUAGUCCUAGAAACAGUAGACCGACUGGAAGACCUCGGCGUAGCAGAAGCCAUUCCGACAAUGAUAGAUUCAAACACCGAAAUCGAUCUUUUUCAAGAUCUAAAUCCAAUUCAAGAUCACGGUCCAAGUCCCAGCCCAAGAAAGAAACGAAGGCUAAAUCACAUUCUAGGUCUGCAUCUCACACCAAAACUAGAGGCACCUCUAAAACAGAUUCCAAAACACAUUAUAAGUCUGGCUCAAGAUAUGAAAAGGAAUCAAGGGAAAAAGAACCACCUAGAUCCAAAUCUCAGUCAGGAUCACAGUCUAAGGUCUAGGUCAAAAUCCAGAUCAAGGUCUUGGACUAGUCCCAAGUCCAGUGGCCACUGAUAGUAUAAACCAUGAUAUUUUUAGGCAUGUAUCAUUCAUUUACUCAUAGUUUGGUUUACUUAAAUGAUCAGGAAUACAAUGUUGCAAUGAUGCUUACAAAAACACUUGUCAGUUUUCCCUGUACCAGGCAAUGGUUAUAAUUAAAAUGAUAUGCUGUUGAGAAGCCACUCUUUUAAGAGUCCAGUUUGUUUAAUGUUAUGGGCAGCUACCAAUUUGUGGUGUCUCUGUAUAUUUUUGUAAAGAUUCUCAUUUUUUAUGCUUGAAGUACUGGUGGAAAGAUGUUAGUUGACCAUAAUUUGCAACAUUGUCUUAUUAAAAAAUAAACUUUCAUAUCCAUAUUUGGUAGACCUGUUAACCUAGAAAUGUAGCUUGCUAAUAAGAUAGAAUGAUACAAAAGUGAAGUUGUAGCCACAGUACACUGAGUGAUCAGACACAUUUAGGUUCAGGGUGGACUUUUUUGUCUUGUCAAGAUGUCU